AUCCGGGAGAGCCGGUAAGCGCGAGGGAAGGUAGGAAAACUGUAUUUUUUUUUUAAUUUUUUUGGGGGAAUUUGGGGCGGAGCCCAGGAAAACUGUGGAGGACGACAGUAUUAGUCGGCGGCGGCGGAGCGACGCAAAAGCGAGCAGAAAUACCCUAUAGACUAGUUGCUUCCGAUCUCGAUUGCGAUCCCAUGGAGGAUGAAGCGCAAAGCGAGAGCAGCAAUUACACUUCAGAGGACGAAGGAACCGAGGAUUACCGGCGAGGAGGGUACCAUGCCGUCAGGGUCGGCGACACCUUUAAGCAGGGAACCUACGUCGUGCAGUCCAAGCUCGGAUGGGGCCACUUCUCCACUGUUUGGCUCGCAUGGGACACCGUUCACUCUAUAUAUGUGGCUUUGAAGGUGCAGAAGAGCGCACAGCACUACACUGAGGCAGCCAUGGAUGAGAUCAAAAUCCUGAAGCAGAUUGCAGAUGGAGACCCGAAUGAUACCCAGUGUGUUGUGAAGCUUCUAGACCAUUUCAAGCAUUCAGGGCCCAACGGGCACCAUGUUUGUAUGGUUUUUGAGUUUUUAGGAGACAAUCUCCUGACACUCAUUAAGUAUGCAGAUUACCGUGGUAUACCUCUGUCUAUGGUGAAAGAGAUAUGUAAAUACGUACUCACGGGAUUGAAUUAUUUACAUGAGAAUCUAUCAAUUAUACAUACUGAUCUCAAGCCGGAGAAUAUCCUUCUUCUAUCCACCAUUGACCCAGGAAAGGACCCACGGAAAUCAAAUGCUACUCCUUGCAUCCCUACCAUAAAAAAACCGGAGUCGCCACUCAAGACACCUGCUGCAUCCAAUGGUGAUCUGACUCGAAGUCAGAAGAAAAAGAUCCGACGUAAAGCAAAGCGUGCCGCUGCAGCAACAGUUGAUUGUGAGGAUGUUGCUAUAUCAGCUUCUGAUGGGACUCAGGACAAGGAAAGUCCAUCCUUGAAGACUGAUGGUGAUUGCGCAUCAGGUAAUCUGGUAGGACAGGCACAUAGAAGAGGAAGUCGAGGGACCAGGAAAAAGAUGGCAAUGGAGGUGGACCUAAGGUGCAAGUUGGUAGACUUUGGGAAUGCUUGUUGGACGUAUAAGCAGUUCACUAGUGAUAUCCAGACAAGGCAGUAUAGGUGCCCUGAGGUGCUCCUAGGGUCCAAGUACUCUACAUCUGCAGACAUGUGGUCAUUUGCCUGCAUCUGCUUUGAGCUUGCGACUGGAGAUGUGCUGUUUGAUCCACACAGCGGGGAGAACUAUGGUCGUGAUGAGGAUCACUUAGCACUGAUGAUGGAACUGCUUGGAAUGAUGCCUCGCAAGAUCGCUUUAGGUGGCCGCUAUUCCCGCGAUUUCUUCAACCGGUAUGGAGACCUGAGGCAUAUCCAUCGCCUUCGGUUCUGGCCCUUGAACAAGGUUCUCAUGGAAAAAUAUGAGUUCAGCGAACAAGAUGCCAACGAAAUGGCUGAUUUCCUUAAACCCAUACUUGAUUUUGUUCCUGAGAAGAGACCAAAAGCUGCUCAGCUUCUGCUCCAUUCAUGGCUGGAUCCAGGUCCCAGAAUUCAACAACCAUCAUCUUUAGAUGAUAGUGCUGUUUCUGAUAAGGAGAAGAGACAGCAGGACGAAAGGGAGGCAAUGGAAGCUGGUUUGGGGAACAUUGCCAUUGAUGCUUCUUCUUCAAAGAAAUUGAAAGAUGAGGAUCAAUUUAGUAGCAGUAAAACCUAAUAAGGCAGCGAUUGCUUCUCCUCGGUAAUAUUUUGAGAUUAACUUUCAUGUAUUUUCAGGGUUUUGAUGCAGAGGGAAGUGAAAUGAAAGGCUUGAGGUUGUGUUUCUAACUGAAGAAGCAGUUCUCAUUUGUGGGGUUGGAAGUUUACUGGGAGAUUUUGUAGCUUGCUGGGUUGGGACAUUCUUUCCAUAUAAUCAGAACAAUCAAUCCUUGGGACUUGGAAAGUUAAGGGAUUUGAUUUAUUUAAUAUUUUUGUUUUUUAGUCUGAGGGCUCAUUUGGUUGCAUGAAGAUAGAAAUAAUAUUUUAAAAUAAUGAUGAUUUAAUCUAA